UUAAACUCAGCAUGGAAAUGAGAUCUUUCCAGAAAGAGGCGCAGACGGCGGCCCUACUAAUCUAAUUAAUCAGCGUCUGGGUAUUUGUCAUUUUCUUCCUCCUUCUCUCUGGCCCUCUCUGUCGCUCUCUCCUUUCCAGUCCUCUCCUCUACUCAGCUCAUCCCUCCCUCUGCCUCCCCUUUGUGCCCUCCUGAUAUCUCUGAAUCUGAACUUCAUGCUCACACUCUGGACUGAAAAUGUGCCAUGUCAUGCACUUCUUAUAACACAUCUCAUAAAGCAUCCCUUGUCUUCUGGCAUGAAUAGAUGCUAUUUGGGGAAGUGGCUGUUAAACGCAGAGAGGUGGGGGAUUGGAAGUUGAGCUUAUGAUGCUCAAUUUGCUCUGACAAUGUAUAGAUGCCUCUGCGGCAGGGUGGAGGGAUGGCGAUGCAGGAUCUGCCAGGCUUAAGAGGCAACCUGCUACCAGGCCAUAAGGCAGCUGUCGGCUUUACACGCACGAACAUGGUUGGUGGUCAUCAGGAUGUGGGUGAACAGAUUUUCAACUCUUCCUCAGAUGCUGGUGCUGCUGCUGCUGAUGAUGAUGGUGGUGGUGGUGGUGGUGGUUCGACUGAGCGUCACAUUUGCUGCUUGUGGUUUUUAAAGCGCCAGCCGCCGGGCAGCAUGGGAGGGGCCCUCCUCUGCUGAAGCGCAGCAGCAGCAGCAGCAGCAGUGAGAGACACAGUGGGUAACUACAGCACAGCUCUGCGCUAUCCCGGCACAGUGAGUCAGCUGAGCUGCCGGAAUUCACAGGCGCCGGGUCCGCUCCGAUGACUGAAUGAGUGAAUGAAUGAGAGAGACAGGCAGAGGGGGGAGACUUCUGCAGGGGGAUCUGGAGACAGAGAGGCGAACGUGCAAACUCUGGAGAGUCUGACAUGGAAAAUACUGAAGUGAUCGGAGCAAGCUUGUUGACGCAUAAUCCCGCCCGCCCCGCUGGCACUGGGAGGGGGCAAAUCUAGCCUCCCUAAACUCAAAUCCUCCAAAAGAGAUUUGCGGAGUGCGCUGCUGCGGGUUCAGCCACCUUCAAGAAGACAUAACAUUUCUUUCAUUUUUUUUUUUGACCAGCUGUACCGGCGCUCUGCGGCGAUAAUGUACGUAUUUUAAUAUUUCUUGGGAGAUAAACACGUUCCGGUGAAUGAUCUGAAGCGGAGGACGUAAUGCGCUUUAAUAAUUAGGCUUUUAAAUCCACUGUUGGAAUCGGCCACUGUCGCUGCGUCGCGUACGGCGGAGGCUGUUGGAUGCGUCCUGGUGAGGUGUGGACAGGACCUGCCCGUGCAUCAUCAUCAUCAUAAUCAUCAUCAUCAUCAUCACCCUCAUCAUCACAGGUCCUAUUUGAUCGUGAUUGUGUUGAUUACACCGGAGAUCUGGAGCCAUGACAGGCCCCCCGCUGGUCCCACAGCCCGCCUGCUGACGGUACCAGGGCAGGAUGGGAGCAGGUCUGCCGCUUUCAGGAUCCCGAACCAGCCGAUUUAUCAAUGGAGGAGGAGAGUGACACCCGGAAAAUCAACAACAGCUUCCUUCGCGACCACAACUAUGCAACCGAAGCUGACAUUAUCUCAACGGUGGAGUUUAACUCAUCGGGGGAGCUGUUGGCCACCGGGGAUAAAGGAGGCAGAGUGGUUGUCUUCCAGAGGGAGCAGGAGAGUAAAAGCCAGCCCCAGCGACGAGGGGAAUACAAUGUUUACAGCACAUUCCAGAGCCACGAGCCGGAGUUUGACUACCUGAAGAGUUUGGAGAUUGAGGAGAAGAUCAACAAGAUCAAAUGGCUUCCUCAGCAGAACGCCGCCUACUUCCUGCUGUCCACCAACGACAAGACAGUGAAGCUGUGGAAGAUCAGCGAGAGAGAUAAGCGUCCGGAGGGCUACAACCUGAAGGAUGACGACGGACGGAUCAGAGACCCGUCGACCAUCACCUCGCUACGGGUGCCUGUGCUGCAGCCCAUGGACUUGAUGGUUGAAGCUACAGCCAGGCGUGUAUUCAGCAACGCUCACACCUACCACAUCAACUCCAUCUCUGUCAACUCUGACCUUCAGACAUUCAUCUCCACUGACGACCUCAGGGUGAACCUGUGGAACCUGGAGAUCACUGACCGCAGCUUCAACAUUGUGGACAUCAAACCAGCCAACAUGGAGGAGCUGACGGAGGUGAUCACCUCAGCUGAGUUUCACCCCCAGCAGUGUCACACCUUCGCCUACAGCAGCAGCAAGGGCUCGAUACGCCUCUGUGACAUGAGACAGGCUGCGCUCUGUGACAAGCACUGCAAAUACUUUGAGGAGCCGGAGGAUCCGUCCACUCGCUCCUUUUUCUCUGAAAUCAUCUCAUCCAUCUCAGACGUGAAGUUCAGCCACAAUGGGCGCUACCUGAUGACAAGGGACUACCUCACUGUCAAGGUGUGGGACCUUCAAAUGGAGAACAAACCGCUGGAGACAUACCAGGUUCAUGACUAUUUACGGGGCAAACUUUGUUCUCUGUAUGAGAAUGACUGCAUCUUUGACAAGUUUGAGUGUGUCUGGAAUGGAUCAGACAGUGUCAUAAUGACCGGCUCCUAUAACAACUUCUUCCGAAUGUUUGACCGGAACACCAAACGUGACGUCACACUGGAAGCAUCCAGAGAAAAUAGCAAACCCAGAGCCAUUCUCAAGCCUCGCAAGGUGUGUGUAGGUGGGAAGCGCCGUAAGGAUGAGAUCAGUGUAGACAGCUUAGACUUCAGCAAGAAGAUCCUUCACACCACGUGGCACCCACAUGAGAACAUCAUUGCUGUAGCUGCCACCAACAACCUCUACAUCUUCCAAGACAAGGUCAACUAAAGGGGCAAUCUUCCCCCGCUGACCCCUGGCCUCCUGCACAUGUGAGGGGCUGCAGGGAGAGGUAGGGUUGGAGAAGGAGAGAGAUGGAGCCCUUAUCUACAUCCUUCUCCUCCUCUCCCUAUGUCUUGUUGCUGCUGGUCUUGAAUUUUACCGCUCGGCUGAGGAAGCGUAGAAUUGAAUAUCCAGCGACUGAAAUGGCAAAGUGGACAUUAUGAAUUUUGGGGAAAUUGAUACGGCCUGGAUACAACUCGAGGAAAAGGAUUCCUCAAAAUCAAGAAUGGACUUUCAUUCUUCAAUUUGACUUAUAAUUUAAUUUAUUUAGCCAUGCGGACAAACACCAGAAGAAAUGAAUCUUGUGCAUUUAUGCAACAAGAGGAUUGCUGCAUGAAUAACGUGAUGUAGCAGCCCUCUGGACCCUGAAGAAAGGGGCUGAUGUGGGCACACUCAACGUAAAAUAGAGCACACAGACAGAAAACCAAGCUUACAUGAUGGUGGCUCACUGUUGUGUAGCAACAGUGCCCCCUCUCUAUCAGUCCGCUCAUGCUACAGUGCAUGUGAUCAAAGUUUCGGACAGUGCGACUUGCUGCAGAAUUCCUACAGGAAGAGGAAGAGACUGUUAAUCCCUGAUCCCCAGAAACUGAGAGUUUUUCUCUGCCUGUGACACAACGCGGUCAGUCUUUCUAGCACCAAUUCUGUGUCUCCCUGCUGAGACUGCUGUAGUCUGUAAUGUGAAUGAGGCCCCUCCAGGCUGUGUCAAUGGUUUUAUUUAAUGCUGUUGUUUUAUUGAGUCCUUCUCUCGGUCAGUGAGUCUGUUUAGAAGCUGUGGUGCCUUCUUUUGGUAUGUGGGGGUUCGAUGUAGUGGGCGCGGGAGGGGGGGAGGGGACUGAGUACAAGGCAGGAGUGUGAAUGUUUCAAAUGAAAUGUUAACUUAGGAAUUUUUCUUUUCUUUUUUUCCCUCUCUCUUUCUCUUUCUCUCUGUCUCUCUCUAUAAAUGAAAACAAAAAAAAAGCUUCACCGAGGUCCCAAGUGGAAAAAGUGCUUGAAGCAAUGUAGUCAUGAUUACAUUAAAGCACCGGCUACAUGCUUGUGAGUUCAGGGGAGGACGCUGUGAUGUGUACAAAGUAAUUGUCGCUAUUAUCACAAAGCAGUCAGUCAGAUGUCAUCAGUUUGCAAGAGACACGACAAAGCCACAGUAAAAAUUUUGCAAAGUUCCUGCUGAAAAAUAAAAAUGCUCACCGCGUUUAUUUGGAUAGUACUGAAAAUGAUCUGUAGAUGGUAAAACCGUCAACUUUUAAUGUCAAAUAUUAUUGAAAGUCAACCUGAGAUAUCUUGGCAUAACACAAUGCUAGCCUAGCUCUUGAUCUUGUUUUUGCAUGCGUUGGAUCUGAAUCAGAUGAAACUGAUAGCUUGCGUAUAGUUAACUGAACAUCUACAGAUCAUCUGAGGCACUAUGCAAACUGUUACUUGCUUUUUCCAGAGGGUACCAGUUUAAAAACUGUUUGGGCUAAGAUCGCUGCAGUGCCUGUCCCCGUUCCCCCUCUUGCUGAAGACGGGCAACGUGAGACAGCAGCAGGUUGUGUUUCAGCACUCGGCUCUGUGAUCAGUUUGGAAAUCAUCAGAAUUGUGUUUAGAGCCGCCUCCCAUAAAGGCAAGCUGUCAAAGGUCUAAAUGAACUCUGUGAAAUCAGGGAAUUAUUAAGUGUGAUUCCUUUAAACAGUAAUGUCUUCUAGACUUCCUCCUUUGUGACACUUCUAAUUGAAACAAACAAAAAACCUUUUAUAGCUCAGAAUGUAUUGAAAUGCAAUUAAUUACCAUGCAGUCUUUAUGCUUACUGGACUUUCUUUGAAUAAAAAAGAAUAAAGAUGUGCAAGUUCAAA